CUCGCGUCUUAAGACGACUCGCUCCCGUACGUAAAACUGAACUUUAGUACCCCGUGAUAAAGGUGAAAUUAGAAUAACAAGUGAUAAGGAAAAACUGUGCCUGUGAGUGAAUAAUUUUGGAUUUUGUGAAAUUUGUGCCGUGAGGUCGCAUUUUUUUUUUCUAAAUUGCAUGUGGUACAUCAAUACUCAAAACUACAAUAAAAUGGAAGGACUGAAUACGAAGUGGUGAACUCAACUACAACAGAUAUAGAGUAUAGUGUCAAGUGAAGGUUGCCAGACAGAAUGCCAGACACACUAUCCUUGUCAGCCAGCGUAAGUCUCGGCUUACUGGCUGGAAUCGUGUCUGGAGUAUGUUACCUAGUAGCUAAUGGGAUGACGUGGCCUAAGAACGACCGUAGCAGAAGAUGCGUGACGGCGUCUCAGGACGACGGCGUGUGUCGUAGCUGCGGUGGUGACAAGUACGGAGGAGCUCUGCCCUGCAUCUGCUAUCCUCAGGAGCCGGUGAAGUUCGAGUCGGGCGCGUGGUUCCUGCAGCAGGUGCACCGAGCCAUCAGCGUGAUGCCGUGGAGCGUGUCCAGUGAGAAGCUCGAGCAAAUAGACGAAGAAUGCGACGGCUUCGACGCCCCAGGGCCGAGCAACGCCACCCAAGGAGAACUAAGGAAGAUCAGAGAGUUCCUGGAGACCAUCUCUGCAAAGUUAGCCGGCGGGCCGCUAGAGAGCACUAGAGUCGCGCCGCUGUACGACCAUCCAGCAUAUCUUCCCGCGCCCCGAAACGCAUCACCCGCUCCGUCGGGCCACAGCGCGAGCGGAGCGCACGUUCAGCUCAAACGUCUAGUCGCUCGAGUAGUAGAGGAAGCGGCUUCACUGCCAGCCCUCGCAAGAUAUGCUUCGGAGCCCCACACGCCGACCAUCGAGUCUUCGACAUACGAAGACUUGCUGGCUACGGCGAUUUUGAAUAAGGUGAUAGAGCGCUACCAGAACGAGAAUGGUUCUGGAGGACGCAGCAGCGGCAUACACUCAGCGAGUGCCAGUCCGACGCCUUCGGAGCGCUCCUCACCACGCUCUCUGCCCUCCAGGCACACCAGGAACGUCACACCUCCACUCCAUGAAGAAGACGAUGUGUCUGACUGGGAGGAGGGCGACGCGACCGACGAAGCACUAGAAGUGCCGCGCCGCGUGCCCUUCCCGGAGUUCGGGGGAGACAUCGUGCACAACACAGAUAAUGAGGAUCGCGAGUUCGACGAAGUUUCCAGUAGCGACCUGCAGGCAGUCGACGGAACUUGGGAAGAGAACUGGCUGUUCCAGAAGAAGAAGAUAAAGACCAUACAGUCCGUGCCAGUGCCUAUGCUAGUUCCAAACUCAAACACAGAAUACAGAGCCCUGAUUGGCGACAGAGAUGCAGAUGACACCACAGACCUGUCAGACAACGCAAGCGACUCAGAGGAACAAGCAGAAUACAAGAGUGACAUGAAAAAAGUUCUAGACUCAAAACACGUAAUAGGCGGCAAACCCAAAGUUGAAGAAAAUGACUUUGAACCAGACAGUCUCACCAUUAUCGAAGGAGCAGACGAAUUUGACAAGCUCGUCGAGAAAAUAGAUGACGACGCAACAGUAGACGCGAUCAUUAACGAAAUUAAUGAAAACAACGUUACUAUUGUUGAAACUAACGGAGUGAACUCGACAGACCAAGUCGAUGGCGGUAAAUUAGUGAUCAGCAUUGACAGCGGGCCAUUAACGAAGGCAGAAUUCGCGGUAAAAGAGGAAAUACACAGGACAUUAUUGAACGGAAAUGCAGAAGACUUUAUGAAUGAUUUAUGUGCUAAAACUAAUGGAGACAUUUACAAUGGGCAUGCAAAUGAAUUGCAUAGUGUUGAUAGCUUCACUAGUAACAAAGAAUCGACAAACACCCUGAACCACCAGGAGCGUGAGGGAGAGUACGAGGAGACGGUGACGGUGCCCGUGCAGCGGUAUGCAGACAGUCUGCGCAGGAAACACUUCGAUGACGGUCCACACGAGAUGCCAACUCGUGACACAGACCAAGACGAUGAAUUAAUACCAGGUUCAAUAGCCUACAGAGAGCGCAAAAAAUGGCUGAACUACGUAGAAAUGCCGAACAAUCCAUAUUCCCCAGAGGCCAUUCAAAAAAGGUUGUCAGCCAAAAACACAUCGACACUUUUCGACAUGUUCACAUCUAAAAAGGAUUCUGAAGACGAAAGUCUCAAAAUUGAGAUAAAUGAAACAGAUGACUAUGAAAGUGAAACUAAUGAUCUUCCAGUUAAAGAAAUUCAGCAUAAUAAAUUAAGUUUAACUAUGAGUAAUGAUAGUAUUAAUAGUAUUGAUAAGACAAAUAAGAGUCCGUCGCCUAGAAUAUUGAAGGAUGUGAUGGCUGAGGAAAUUCCACAGUAUAAGCGUUACGGACGCGACUAUUACAUAAGAGAGGCGAAGGCGUCGUCCGGCGGCCGGCACAGAGCCAGUGCGGACGAGGCCAGCACGGUGUCCGCCCCCUCCCUCAACAAAUCCACCAGUUUAGACAAUUUCGACGCAGAGUUCGCGUCGCCUGGAUUACUUAUAAAACAAUUCAACCAGAUAGCGACGAACCAACACUACACUAAGUUCGCUAACAAAGAUGACAUGGCAUCACUCACUACCACUGUAAACAAUAAAGACGAAAUAAUGAUCGAGUAUGAGGACACUAGCGAACAAACGCUAUUCGCCGCCAAGCCUAUCUACGUCGAUGCCGACACUGAUAAACAAUUCGAAGAAAUAUUAGAAACAGCUUAUAAAACAGUGCCAACAGAACCUCCGCCUCCAAUACCUAUAGUAGACGAAGAAGAAAGAAUUGAUGAGCCACUGAAAUCGCCUAUGAGUGUGGACACAUCUUACAUAAGCACCAGCAGUUUAGAAGACUCCAUAAAAAUCUACAAUGUGCAAACUGGAGAGAUUAUAAAAUGUAAGCCUGAUAACGUAUCACCAAGCUAUGAGGCUGACACGAAUGACAACAUCGAUAUCGUUGAUAAGAACAUCUCGGAACCUGAUAGUGUUAGUUACACGGACGACGUGCCCGAAGACACUGCUGUAGAACAAAGUAAGACAAAAUUGGAGUUGAUUGAAUCUGAUGAUAUUCUGCAAAACCUGCCCAAAGUGAAGGAGUUGGCAAAAAUAUUUGUCAGCAUGGAGAAUUUACAAGAACCGAUUAAGCCAGUACAGCCCUACACAGCAAGACGGAAGAGCAAAGAGAAUAUCCUAUCAGAAUUCAAACCAGAAAAGAACAAGCAGGUCUACAUGCACAGUCUAACGGCCAGGAGCAUCUCCAAAGAGUUCCGAGAGGAGCUUAAACUCUCCAUGUCCACCCCUCUCACCGUCCCUGGAGGUUCCAAAGAAAUCCCAGAAGGUAUUGAGGAAAUCACCAAAGAAUCCAGCCGGCCAGGUAGCCCAGUACCAGAACCAGGCACGAUCAAAACAAAAUUAGCCUUCUUCGAAAGUCUCAAGUCAAAAUUUAGUACCAAGUGAAGACUUUGAUAGGUUGAAAAGCGAUGCCAUAGACACAAAUUAAAAAUAAGAAAUUAGUUUAGACUUUUUUCUGAACAAAUUUUAUUGUAAUUAGGGUUUAAAAUUGAGAAUUAUAAAUGUUCAAAUUAGAUCGAGAUUGCUUGCUAUCGCUUUUCAGUGUAACAAAUCAUCACUUUAGUGGAACUUUAAAAUCAACAGAUUCUCUUCUUUUCAAGUAUUUCCGUAGAGAUGUUAGCAUGAUUUUUAGUUCAUUGCGUGCUGUCUAUCGCAGCAGUUGUAACUACAACUUGUUUGUGCCAACUAAACGGGUAAUGUAGUUAAAACUCUAAUCGAGGGCAGAAAACAUUCCAUUUAGUAUUGUAGUGCAUAUCGGUCACAUUAUUUAAUUAAAUUAAUUGGUAGGUUACGGUGUAAAUAUUAAGUGCCAUUUUGUAAUCAUUACUUCCCAUUUAUUUAAGUCGAUGAUUUAGUCUGUGGUUUUUGGUGGAGAAAUGUGCUCAUGUUUUGGGUUAGGUAUGGGCGAAAAUGUAUGGAAAUACUUUUGGGCAUUAUUCAACUUAUUUAAAAACAAAUAUGUAAAUAUUGAUGCAAAUAAGUAUCUAAAUGAAAAUAAGAAUUUUUUGAACAUUUGUUUUCAAAGAAAAAAAAUCAUUACGUGCCUUUUUAUGGACCUUUUAAUGACGUUUAUCCACCAGAAACAUACAAAAGUUUAGCUAAUGCCAAAGUUGUAAAUAAAUAAUAUAACUGGGUAUGUAAAAUGUAUAGGUUGUGCAUUAUUGUAUAAACGUAGUCAUAUCAUAGAAUAUGCAAUAAGUUAUAAUAGGGGGCCACUGUUACUAUUGUGAUAGGCGCUUAUUGAAAAUAAUUCGAGCGUCGAGAUAUUUAAUAUGAUUGUAUAUUGGAUAAUGGAUGGUUUAGAAUAAAACAUUUAAUAAUUAUAAUAAA